AAUCCACAAAAUCUCUCAUUGAUGAUGCGCCACUCCAACACGUCCCCGUUGUUCACAGACUACAAAUGGGACCCGCCUGUCAAAGGCCAAGAGAACGCUUCUGGGAUUUUUCGCUCAUCCAAUGGUCUCAUUCAGACCAAGCUCAGCUCGAACGACGCCCUGACGCCAAAGGAGGCGCCGUCUAUGGACCACCUCCUGUCACCCCUUUGCCCCUCCUCUGAUACCGCCGGCCCCCUUACUUCUCCUAGCGCAGUCAAAGACCCGUUGUCCUCUAGCCCUUCAAACCCCUCUAGACCGAACACAUUGAGCAAUGACGAUCGAAAAAACUGUCUCGAAAAUAGCCACUGUCGCGGUGACAGGCAGAAAAAGCAAACUACGGGUACAGCUGUUGGCAAGCUUGCGAAUGUUGUACCGUAUUCGUAUCCUUUUUAUUUUAGUUUUAUUAUCGCCUCGAACCGAAGUGACACAACCGCCCAUCUCUCCCUUAGCUCAUAAUCCCCCUCUCUUUCCAUGCAGAUUUUUAGAAGCUGAUACGUCUGCCAGUUACGAAAAUUCCGGCCAAGCUGACAAUUUGGGUCUCAGUAUCGCCAUUGCUCGAGGGAAGAUUUACAAGCAAACAAAUGCCUUCGACAAAGUUAUUCAAAACGACUGGAUAGCCGAGAAAAACUUUUCUUACGUAGAACCACUUCAAACGCUACUUGGCUCCCUUGACGAUACAAUCGACGCCGUCCAAAUUUAUCCAUUAAGAUGGUCGCUAAUUACAAGCAGCGUAGACAAAUUCGCCAAAAUUUUUGUUGAAUACGUCGAACAGCUGGACAGCACGACUCCUAUGAAGCAGUCUAGGAAGAUAGUAAGUCAGCACUGCUCGAAAAUCAAAUGCUUCAAAAAGCCCAUAUCACGGACUUACGCCGAACUACUCUGCCUCAUUUGUUCCAAGACCCCUUUCGGAAAUUCGUCUUACUUCUCGUAUUUGGCUCGUAAUAUCGUGAUUGCUGCCGACCCCGUGGCCGGCAUCCACGCGCUCAACUUUUUGGUUCAGAAGACUUUUGAGUUCGAACCCAAGGCCGGAAACAACAGUGAGAUCAUUUUCCAAGUUUUCCAAGUUCUGCAAGGCAUUUUUUCUUCUUCUCACGUGGCCUAUCUAAAACAACGAGCUCUGACGUACUCCCAGUUUUUGGGGAUAAUCUCGCCUGCUCUGAACUGCGUUUUUGGCUAUAUCGGCCCAUAUGCUACUGAUUUGCUGCUUAUAGAAACGCUCUUGGAAAAUUGCGUAGGACAAGCCGUCGGUUCCCUUUUGCACGUUCUCGUAUCCACCACUUUGGUUUCACUCAAUCUGCCUUUUUUUUUGAAGGUCAUUCAGGAAUAUGAUGACGUCUAUGUCCCGCGCACUCAAGUCUACCGCGUGCUUCUCGCCUCUCUCCUGAAUCGCCCGGACAAAGCGAUGGACAGCGACGACCCGAGGAUGCUCGCUAUCUGGGCAAGGGUCUCUCGGCUUCCGGACAUUGGCGACCUUCUUUGCAUUGCAGAAGACCUGCUCGAUUACUUCUUGGACGGCAUCAACUCUGAGCUUAUCAGUUCCGUAUUGGAGAUGGUGGUAUCCCGCCUUGCCUCAGCGACCGACCUGACCAAAAUUCAGCCGCACCUGAAGAGAAUCCUCGACAAAAUUCUGGCUUGUUCCGUUGAUUUGGUUAGUGCGUACGACGAAAAAUAUUUUCUGUCCAUUUUAAAGUACUCCAGCCUCUCCGUUGGUAAACCCUUGGCCGCCGCCUUGCUUCGCACGAAGAGGCCCAUUCGCUCUCCGGUCGUGAUUGAGUCGGUUUUCGACGCGCUGCUGAACCACGUGAGAAGCUUCGACGUGUUCACUAUCGAAGAUCAGCUAAAAGAAGCGACUCAACUAGUGACCGAGUUUAUAGGGAAAGUGGAUUUCGGCCAGGAGUUCGAGAAGUAUCUGGAGUUUGCGGUAAAGUGCCGCGGAGCCUUCAUUGACCUCCACCAAACUAAGAGCGUAAUUGUUCAGAAAACUCUGAACGUUUUGGUCGAAUUAAAUCGUUACAAUAGUCAACAUUCGAAAAAAACAACGUCGCUAGUGCUUGCUUUCGUCGCGUUUUGCCGCACCGCAAUUGCUCCUAUCAGCGACUUUAACAAGAAAAUCAGGCUGUACCUGUUGGCAGGUCAAAUAGCCCUGGCGAGCCAAGCCGUGGCAUUGGCGGAGUCCUUGUUUCAGGCAAUCACGGACGCUCUUGCUGAAUUAUGUACGCAGCAGCAAAAUUCAGAAAUGGUCUCGGUGAGUUUAUCAACUCAAUAUUACAACACGGGAAACUCCCCUGUCGUCGAAGUCCAUCUUGUCGACUUUCUGCACCAGUUCAUAGGUGUCUUGGUCUCAAUUUCGGGACACCCAACGCUCGGCCCAUGCUACCAGCUAAGAAAACUCUACGACGCCGUGGAACUCUAUUCGUUGCAGUCAAAAAAUUUCCCCAAAGCGGGUCUGUUCAUCUCUAUGAUCAAAUGUCUAUCCUUGUACAUGAACUCCCCCUCUUCCUGCUCUUUUGACCAUGCAGAUGAGCCCACGUGUGUAGACAGCGUCGAACACAAAGACGAAAUCCGAGCGUUCAUCAAUGAGCUCAUGUUCAAAAUUUUGGAGCAGAUCCAACCGCCUGUCCCAUCGGAGUCAAAGCGUGCUCAGAUCGAAGUCAACAAAAUUAGGCUCGACCUUUUGAACGCAGUCCUUGGCUUUGCUAAAUCAUCUCCAGAACUAUCUAGCCUCGUCUCAGCGCUCUACAGCACCAUCUCAGAGACCGAACACGACGCACACUACCUCAAAAACACUCUCAACUGGGCUCGACAUAACCCCCAAGCUGGCAACCGCGACCGCCUAUUUCAUCUGUUAAAGCAGUGCUAAUACCUGUGUAUACAAGAUUUUCCCUCAGACACCGCCUCUGCUAUUUCAUCAAAUCCCUGUCUUUCCACACAGUACUGUGCGCUACUGCCGAGCAGGAUUCAACGUUCCGCUUUUACCCUUCUUCCUUAGCCGUUCGCGUUGGGCUCGCAGCUCCAGCCGUACGACCACUUCUUCAAUCAAGCACUACCAACUCUGCCUUUGUGCAUCGCUGUCUGUGUGCAAUAACAGUACACCCUGCACGUACGCACGUAUUAAACACAGCUCUCGUGAAUCGCCGAGAACCGAGAGUCUAACGUAUUAAAAUAUGUACCGUGAUACCGACGCUACAUAUGUGUUACUUUUGCAUUUAUAAACCAACCCAAACAACUUUUUGUAGUUUUCAGGCUACAAUUUUUAUUGGUUAUUCUGCUUUUUUCAAGUACAGGUUUCUCUUAUUGCUAUAUAUCCGCUCAUAUCUUUUUGUAUCAUUUUGGCGCGAGUUUUGUAAGUUUAGCGGGCCUGGACCGCAUGAACUAGACUAGCAACAAUGCCGCAAGAAAUCAAGUUAGUUAUUAUGGGGUCUGGCGGCGUAGGAAAAAGUGCCAUCACGGUCAUGUUCAUACAGUCCGUUUUUGUAAAGAAGUAUGAUCCUACUAUCGAAGAGUCUUAUCGGAAGCCCAUUAGAGUCGACGACAAGCCCUAUCUAUUAGAAAUUUUAGAUACUGCUGGUACAGAACAAUUUACGGCCAUGCGUGACCUUUACAUGAAGAACGGUCAAGGCUUUGCCCUGGUGUACAGCAUUAUCUCGAACUCCACGUUCCAUGACCUGCGUGCUAUUAGAAAUCACAUUAUCAAAGUAAAGGACUACGACGAUUCGAGGCCAGUGCCCAUCGUCUUGGUCGGCAACAAAUGCGAUUUAGAGGAAAAGCGUUGCAUCACAGUGCAACAAGGACGUAGCUUGGCAAUAGAGUUUGGCCUAGACCCUGAUAAGCAAUUUUUUGAGUCUUCAGCUAAGAAUUGCAUAAAUAUCGAUAAAAUUUUCGAAUGCUUAGUCAGACAGGUUGUUGCAUCUCUCCCACCCUCAAGGAAGGCUCGCUGUAUUAUUCUCUAAGUUUCUAUGAUAUUCAAUGCACUAAAAGCGUUUUAGGCUGUA